CGCAAGGUUAUUUUUAAUUUCCUUGUUGAUAUUUAAUUUUAGACACCAGAAGGUUAAUGCCUAAAUCUAGAGACGUGUUUGGCGUAGCCUAGAGCAUAUUGGAUUAUUGUUUAAAGACUUAACAGAGAGGUUAGGCCUAGUUGUCGUCAUGAUGUCAAGAGUGGUUAAAAUUUCUCUGCAUUUAAGCCAACCGCUGAGUCAUUGUAGUUUUACCCCAACAUGGUUUACAACUAAAUGCUUAUUGCAAAAUCUACAAAUAACUUACAUACCUGUCCUUGCAUCAUGUGUAAAAAGGAGGUACUACUAUAUUCUAUGCACAUCCAAAAAUACUGUCACUCGUUUGAUACAAGUUCCAAAUCUAUUGAAUGUGGAGCAAUACAACUACCAAAAAAGAAUUCAUUGCUGUGAGGGCAAAGGUCAAUACAUGUCAACGCACUACAACCCAUCUGGUUUGAUUCUUGACAUAAAAAAUGAUGAUGACGCUAAGAAGUUUCUAACCCAACUUUGGGAUGAAAUUCAGGCUAAAGUUGCCCCACAAAACUCAGUCGGUGAAAAAGCUUUAGAAAAUUUGGAAAAACUGAUUAAUCUGCAAAUUAGUCUUAGGUGUGGUACUCGAAAUAUAUUUGGACUUAUCUCUGCUAAUCCAAGAAUUGUAAACUGUAACUGGGAAAAAAUACAUAACGUUGUGAUGUUCCUGAAUGACCUUGGAAUGGGAGGUAAUCGUCUCCUCCACGUGCUAAACAACCGUGAUAUUUGGGUGAGCGAACUAACAACACUCUCUGAUAGAGUGCGCUUCCUACGUAGUGUUGGAAUACUUGAAGGAAAUGUACAGAAAUUGGUUGCAAAGUGUCCAAAAGUUUUGACGUUGAAGAAAGGCAAAUUGUUGGCUAUUUUAAAUUUGUUAAAAAAGUGUCUAUUUACAAGAGAACAAAUAGUUGUUAUCAUUAAUGACUGCCCAAACAUUUUUGAAGCCAGUAUAGAUGAGAUUGAGUACAUCUUCCAAUACGUGUACUUUCGAAUGGGUCUAACAGAUCAAAAACAGAUGGUGCAAGCAAAGUUGUUCAGACACAGUCUGCAGCACAUCAAAGAGCGGCACUUAUUUUUGUUACGGCUUGGACUCUAUGAGACUCCAAAUGUACGGUCGCGGACCUCGAUCGUCAACCCCAAACUACACUUAAUCAUUGAUACGUCUCCCAACAGAUUUUGUAAAAUGUUCCGAGUGGCUUCAGUGGAUGAGUUUAGAUUAUUUUGUGAGGAAAUAAUGGAAGAUAAAGAUGGUGAUGAUUUUAGAGAUGAUAUUGAUAGCCAUGAUGAUACAUCUGAUAAUGAGGAUGAUUAUGAGAGUGAUGAUGAUUUAAGAAGAAAUUAUAAAAAAAACACUAAAAGAUAAUGAAUGCUAAUUUAUAGGAUGUAAAUGUUAUCAGAAACUAGAUGCAAGGGCGUAUCUAGUCUGGUGCACGCCCUCCAAAUUGUGCACGCCCUCCAAACUGUACACGCCCCAGCCCCCAGUCUCCCCCAAAAAUCACACUCAAGUAGUUAAAAAUCACCUAAAAUUACCUUAUUUUGCAAGCUAGCACCCCUCAACUAAAUCAUAAAGCCCCCCCCCCCCCCAACCAUUACCUUCAUGCUCCCUGUAAGCCACCCUGUUUGAAGACUGGGUGAACGUUGGAUGUAGACUGAAUAGGUGGUACAUCUUCAGUGGCAUAGCAAAGUGUCUCAAGGGCCCAUCCACUCUCUGCAGUAAUUUUUUAUCUGUAUCAGACAUACUAGGAUGUAUUUAACAUGCUACCAAUUACUACUACUUGAAAUUAUUGCUCCUUGAAGGCUGCAUAUCACUAUGAUUGAAAUUUGAAUGUUAUACAGUAGAGUGCAUUUUAUAUAGUGUACAGUACAUGCUGCAUUAGCCUACCAUAAUUAUCUUCAACUCUACUGUGUAUUCACAUCAUGUUAUGUACGAUAAUUAUACAAUACUGUAAAUUUACUAAUACUAAUGUACUAAUUUCUCUCAUGGCUUAUGUCUGCAUUAUGUAUAGUACUAACUGUAUCAUAUAAUAUAGGUACGGUAUCGAUGAGUACAAUAAACAGUUAUUCAACUGAGCACAGUUACACAGAG